AUGUCACAAGCGGAGGUUCCAGCUACGGACCCCAGUGUCUACAGCGCCUUCCAAGAUCAAUGGUCAUCGCUUCCUACCACGACGAAAGGCUGGAUUGGCAGAGCCCGGGAAGUGGCUGAAGUACUUUCGCAGGAUGCCGCACAGAGAGACCAGGAGAAUAAAUCGCCCAGAGCGGAACUACUUGGUCCUAAGAAGUAUGGAGGAGCAGCACAGCCCUGGGACAUAGGGUACAUGGCCAUUCGGGAAGUAGCCAAGGCUGACGGUUCGAUCGGCAUGCUCCUCGGCUACCAUUUCCUCUGGUCCACAACCGCCGAUAUUGUCGGCACUGCCGAACAAACCGAUCGCACCCAUGAAUUGAUCAUCUCGAACAACUACUUCGUCGGCGGCGCCGUCAACCCCCGCGACAGCGACCUCAAGAUCACCUCGGAUGGGGAUCAGAUCGUCUUCAACGGUGCCAAGUUCUUCAACACCGGAGGCGUCGUCUCCGACCUCACCGUACUUGAAGGUGUCCUGGAGGGCACCGGCCAGCAUAUCUUCGCCGUAGUGGAGACCAGACAGCCUGGAAUCCAAUUCGCACACAACUGGUACAACAUCGGUCGGCGUCUCGCCGAAUCCGGUGGUAAGAAGAUCGACAACGUCCGCGCCCCCUGGACUGAUGCGUUGAGCUGGGAUAGUUUCACCAAAGAGCCUAUCCAGGAUGUACUCGUCUUCCGCAACUUCUACCUCGGCAUCGCCAUCGGCGCCCUCGAGUUCGCGGCAAAGUACACCACGACCAGCACGCGACCCUGGCCCUUCGGCGGCGACAACAAGGAGUCCGCCACCGACGAAUUCUACAUCCUCGAGCGGUACGGGAACUUCUUCACCCACCUGCGCGCGACGGAGGCGCUGGCCGACCGUGCGGGCGAUCAGCUUUCUGCUCUCUAUGAACGCCACGCUGCGGACCACUCCGCAUUGACGGCGGAGAAGCGCGGAGAGGUGGCCGAGUGGAUCGCGAGCGUCAAGGCCGUCACGACGGAUGUUGGACUGAGCGUCACCAAUGGCGUUUUCGAGGUCACGGGCGCAAGGGCCACUUCGUUGAAGGUCGGGCUGGACCGGCUCUGGCGGGGUAUUCGAACCCAUACGCUGCAUGACCCGGUGGCUUACGAGAAUCGGGAGCUGAGGAGGUAUGUGUUGUUGCAUGAGUUGCCGACGCCUACGUGGUAUACCUGA